AUGGCGAACGAGCGGACUCCAGCGCCUGUAUCGGUGCUUUUUGUCUGCCUGGGGAAUAUCUGUCGCUCUACCAUGGCCGAGGGUGUAUUUCAUUCGUUAUGUUCCUCAUCGCAACAGUACGGCGCUCUGAUCGAUGAGAUCGAUUCAGCAGGCACAGGCGCAUACCACACAGGCGAUUCUCCCGAUUACCGCACGAUGGCGACUCUGAAACAGCACAACAUAACGAAUUACAAUCAUGCCGCGAGGAAGGUCAACAAGGACGACUUUCGCAGGUUCGAUUACAUACUUGCCAUGGACGAGUACAACCUCAAAGACUUGCUACGUCUACGCGAUAAUAUUAUUUCGCAGUCAGCAAGGACAAAAGCCCAUACGAAUACGAUAAGUACAGAGUGUACAACACCAAAAAUUGCAGAGGUACGAUUGUUUGGCGACUUUAACCCCGAUGGUACUGUUAAUAAGAAGGUCGGUGGAGGGCAAGAGAUUGAGGAUCCAUAUUAUGGAGGAAUCAACGGCUUCGAGAUUGCGUACGAACAGGCGAUGAAGUUUUCAAAGGGGUUUCUAGUAUAUCUGGAAAGGAAACAGCAGCAGUCGUAA